AUGGGUCGCACAAAACGGACCCAGAUGACCCCCUCGACACCACGGACGCAGGGAGAGGCCCUGUCCGCGUCCAUCCGUGCCUACCUCUGCACAGCGGGGAUCCUCGCCUCGCAACACGAGGCUUCCAAUAUGGCGCCGUCCUCCCCGAGCUCCACGAUAUCGGAAGACAGCCAGCAGCCGACUGACCUCCGGGACAGCAGCCCGCCGGACUGGUAUGCACUGUUUGCCUCCCUGCCGAAAAAGGACAACACUCCGCACGGAGAUCACCACACUCCGCUCCUCCCUGUCAGCACUAGAGGGGAGAGUAGAGGCCCUGGAAACUGCAGGCACACCAGCCCCAAGCAAUACACAGAAAACCCCUGACACACAGUCACGGCAAAUCACUGACCUGCGGCUCCAUGUUGAAGACCUGGAUAACAGGAGCCGCAGGCAUAACAUCAGGGUGAGGGGGCUGCAGGAAUCACAGGGCCCUGAAGACCUAAAGGACGCACUAAUCCCCAUCUUCAUUAAUUCUCCUAUGAACAGGCCCCCUGAGGCAAGGCUGUAUAUAGACAGAGCACACCAUACCCUCCACCCCAAACCACCACCAUCAGCACUCCCGAGGGACGUCAUAUGCCACAUUCAAAACUUCCAAUUGAAAGAAGCAAUCAUGAAGGCGGCUAGGUCGGAGAGGACCUGGAGGAUUGGAAGGCACCGAGUGGAGCUCUAUAACAAUCUCUCCCACAUCACCCUACAAACAAGACGGGCCCUCCGGCCAGUCACUACUGCGUUACAAGACCAACAAAUCCGUUACCGCCGGCAACUCCCAUUCUCCCUAGUAGCACGCAAAGGCACUAUGGAAGCCACCAUCAGGACACCAGAGGAUGUACCAAUCUUCCUAGAAGCACUAGGACUCCCACCCAUCCAAAUAAGGGAUUGGACUAACUGCCCCCUUAACGACAGACUCAUGAGCAGGCUGGUAACGCACACAUUCCCUUCCGACGAACAAUACGUGGGCAUGGCCCCACCACGCUGCACCCGAGGAGUAACAGAUGCCUGA